AUGACAAACGCGAUAAACCCCCUUUCCCUUCCUGUCAUCCUCGGUGAUCCUCCCAGUCUCCCCCAAACCCUAGCUCCAGUCACGGUGAACCAGCAAAACUACUCGCUCCCUUCUCUCUCUCACACUCUUGCUCGCCCUUCGCACCAUUUCACUAUCUCUGGGGACGGAAAUCUGUACAUCUCCCGCCUUCUCUCUCCACUCUAACACCGAAUUCCAAGUCUGUUCCUUUUCGUGUCUCUCCACUGCAUUCUGCACAGCCCUCUCUCUCUCUCCCUGCAAUUUCGCGCCUUUUUGCCACUCUGCUGUUUCGGAGUUUCGAUUUCGGUUUGGGGGGAACUCAACAAGUAGCCUGCAAGAUGAAGCUGGUGUGCAGUGCGGAUAGAAUCACCAACCUUCCUACUGAUGCAAUACAGCGGAUUUUUGUGUUCUUACCCAUCAAAGAUGCAGCCAAAACUAGUGUCUUGUCAAGAAAAUGAAGGCAGUACUGGAGAAAUACACCUUAUCUUGUUUUUUAUCAUGAUUAUACUCGAAAUCAUUCUUUACCUUUCUAAUAAAGGUGUCCAAGAUCUUAGCCUCGAGAUCUGUAUCGCCAACAGAGAGAGGCAUAAGAUGCAUAAUUCCCUAUUUUCUGCUCUUAGCCUGAAAUCCCUGACUCUUAGGGUGUGUGUAAUUACACCACCAACUUGAUUUGUGGGAUUUAGUAAGCUUACCCAUCUUAAAUUACUUUAUGUUACUUUGCCCUGCGAUUUUUUCGAGAAUUUCCUUCUGAAGUGCCCGAUGCUUGAGCAUUUGACGGUUGUGUAUUGUAAAGGUCUUGGUAAGGUUGAACUCACGGCUCCAUGUCUCAAAUACUUAGCAUUUGAUCAGCCUGUCCCGGAUAUCUGCUUCAAAUAUACCCCACUUCUGUCAUACGUCUCUCUAAGUUGGUGUGUAAGUCGCACACCUGGCAUGGUAGCUUUGUUUGCUUCUCUCCCGGCACUCCAGCAGUUCUAUGUUCACUAUGAAAUCCUGAGAUUCCUUGCUGCAGGUGUUGAUAAUGCCCCCGCCAGGCUUCCUACUCUUCACCUCUUAAAAGUUCUCGGCAUAACACAUCUGAUAAAAUCCUGGCCACAACGUGAUCAGCUCACAAAAAACAAAGAAAGCAGCAGCCUGUGGGGGUUGUUGGAAGCAGAUGACUGCCCUGGAUCUUCUGUUUGCCUUCAGCAUCUUACAGAGUUCAGAAUUUAUGAUGGUCAUUGUACACAAGUUGAGCUGGACCUGGUGAGGUUCAUCCUAGCUAAUGCCCCACUACUUAAGCGGGUCAUCAUAUCACUUGCACAUACAUUGUGCUCUGAAAAGGUUAUGAAAUUCAUCAAGGACAUGGCGAGAUGCAAGCGUGUGUCUAAAGAAGCAGAGGUCAUAUAUGCGUCGGAUGAUGAGGAUUGACACUCUGUAUAUGUGGAUGUCCCUCCCAGCAGCCAUUUUCCCAGGACAACUUCUCACUUUCACAACUUCGUGUGGUUUAUAUGUAUAUGAUUGCACGCGUCCUCUUAAGAUGAGUACAUCUGCUGCAUUUCCACUUUUGCUCGGAAUGUACAUACCUUCCUCUGUUGUUAUGCUUUUGCACUUGGCAGGAAGAAACUAUUAGGUAAAGGAUGUGAAGGAUACGAGGUAAUUGUUAACUGGUGCAUAGUCAAAGACAUAACCUAUGCAUCUUUUGAUACAUGCUUAUGGCUGCCUAGAAUCUUCACCUGCUGAUUACACUGUAAA